AUAAAAAUAAACGUUUUAAGUGACAGUAAGAAAAACGACUGAUAAUCAACCUUGUAUUGUAUUCUAUUGGCCCAGAUAGUUUCAAAUAAGCUAACAGUGUAUAAAAUAAAUAGAUAGAUAGAUAUGAAGAAAAUGAAACUAGAUAGUAGUGGAUAGUAAGAUUAAACUGAAAGCAAGACCAGAAGCAGCUAAAUGUUAGCAAUUCAUUUAAAAAAAACAUUAAAAAAACACAACCUUGCCUUCAGAAAUAUAUAUAUGUCAGUUUUAAAAAUCAUGAAAACAUAAGCUUUUGUAGAAAAGUAUUGAAGUAAUAUAUAUCAGCCACAGGGUGGCAUGAGGUUCUGAAAUGUGACUGCAGCAAUAAACAUGCAUCACAUUUUCUGGGGUCUUAAAUGAUGCAAUGUGAUUAAUCACUGAACAUGUUUUACAUAUUGUUGGAAUAUACAUUUAAAUUAUAAAGCAUAUGAACAUACAAUAAUUCAAUUCAUUUAUUUUGGUGUCAUAGGUUUUCAGUGUUAGUGUUCCUUUUUUCAUUUUCUUUCCUUUUGUCCCUCCCUUGUAGACAAUAGUCAUGUUAUUAGAAAUAGUAUCAAUAUAUAGCAUGUGUAGUAGUGGUAAUAGUGGUAGGUAGAGUAGAAGUAGUAAUAGAGUACAUAUUAGUAUAAAUUAAAGUGUUUGUACUUCUAUUUUGUCUUCCUAGUUUAGGUGUCUACAAGUAAGUGUGUGACUGUGGUUUCAAAACAGGGACACUGCAGUGCAUGUGACCUGUUUUUAAGAUGCAGGAGGAGAAGCAGACAGAAAAUGCAAGAGAGAUAGAGGCAGUGUGAGAGAGCGAGCGAGCGAGAGAUAGAGCGAGAGAGAGUGAAAGCGAGAGAGACUGUGAUUUCACAGCAUAGGAGCUGCUGGAGUUCUAAAGAGACUCUUGACUUGCGAUGUCCCCAACUGUCUGCUGCAGGGUGACAUACUAGAGAAGAAGCAGCCGAGGUAUUUGCCAUUUGACCAAGAAAAGGAUUAAUGGACCACCAUUAUGGACAGACGGACAUGAUUCUACAUUCAGCUCCUGUGGCAAAAUGUCAACUAUGAUUUACCUGACUGCCUUUUUGUAUUUGCCUAUUUUGCUGUUUGAGGCAUUUGUAUUGUCCAAAGGAAAGUAUGAGAGGUCAGUGGUGCCCAGUUCUGCCUCCCGCCUGGUGGCCAGGAUGGAUGGCGACAUCAUCAUAGGUGCCCUCUUUUCUGUUCACCACCAACCCUCUGCUGAAAAGGUAGCAGAGAGGAAAUGUGGGGAAGUCCGCGAGCAGUACGGCAUCCAGAGAGUGGAGGCCAUGUUCCACACUCUGGAUCGGAUUAAUUCCGACCCCAAUUUGUUACCCAACAUCACCUUGGGUUGUGAGAUCAGAGACUCCUGCUGGCAUUCAUCAGUGGCUCUGGAGCAGAGCAUAGAGUUCAUAAGAGAUUCGCUCAUCUCCUUGCGGGACGAUAAGGAAGGUUCCAAGUGGUGCAUUGAGGGGUCUCCCUCCAGCGAGCCGCCACAGAACAAGAAACCUAUCGCGGGGGUCAUCGGCCCAGGUUCCAGCUCUGUUGCUAUUCAAGUCCAAAACCUUCUGCAGUUGUUUAACAUUCCACAGAUUGCCUAUUCUGCCACCAGUAUCGACCUGAGCGACAAGACUUUGUUCAAGUACUUCCUCAGGGUGGUUCCUUCAGAUACUCUUCAGGCCAGGGCUCUGCUGGACAUCGUCAAGCGAUACAACUGGACAUAUGUGUCUGCAGUGCACACAGAGGGUAACUAUGGAGAGAGCGGGAUGGAAGUGUUCAAAGAGCUGGCCUCGCAGGAAGGCAUCUGUAUCGCUCUUUCUGACAAGAUCUACAGCAAUGCUGGCGAGAAGCACUUUGACAGGAUGCUGAGGAAGCUGAGGGAGCGUCUGCCAAAGGCUCGUGUUGUUGUCUGCUUCUGUGAAGGCAUGACAGUCCGAGGACUGCUCAUGGCCAUGAGACGACUUGGAGUAGCUGGAGAGUUUCUCCUAAUUGGCAGUGAUGGCUGGGCUGACCGUGUGGAGGUGGUCGAAGGAUAUGAGCAGGAGGCUGUUGGCGGCAUCACCGUGAAGCUGCAGUCAGAGGAAGUCUCCUCCUUUGACGAAUACUUCCUGAAACUGAAGCUCAGCACCAACGUCCGCAACCCGUGGUUCCCUGAGUUCUGGCAGUACCGGUUCCAAUGCCGUCUACCUGGACACCCACAAGAGAACCUGAAUUAUGCACGGAACUGCUCAGGUUACGAAAGUCUUGUGGAUAACUACGUUCAAGACAGCAAGAUGGGUUUUGUCAUCAACGCCAUUUAUGCCAUGGCCCACGGGCUGCAUGACAUGUACACGUACCUCUGUCCCGGCCACGUGGGGCUGUGUGACGCCAUGAAGCCUGUGGAUGGAAGCCAUCUGCUGGAAUUUCUUCUCAAGACAUCUUUCGCAGGUGUUUCUGGGGAGGACAUAUGGUUCGACGAGAACGGAGAUUCACCUGGAAGGUAUGAGAUUAUGAAUUUCCAGCGCGUGACGCCUGGUGUUUACGACUACAUCAUUGCCGGCUCUUGGCACGAGGGAAUACUUAGUCUUGAUGAUGACAUAAUUCAGAUGAACCGCAGUGACUUGGUCCGCUCUGUGUGCAGUGAGCCCUGCUCCAAAGGAGAGAUCAAGGUGAUCAGGAAGGGAGAAGUGAGCUGCUGCUGGAUUUGCACUGCAUGCAAGGACAACGAAUAUGUUCUGGACGAAUUUACAUGCAAGGCCUGUGAACUGGGCUGGUGGCCUAGUGUAGAAUUAGAAGGCUGUGAGCCAAUUCCUCUACACUACCUCGAGUGGAGCAACCCAGAGUCUAUUAUCCAGGUGGUCUUUUCCUGCCUGGGCAUCCUGGCCACAUCGUUUGUUGCCUUUGUGUUUGUCCUGUACCGCGAUACCCCUGUGGUCAAAUCCUCCAGCAGAGAGCUCAGCUACAUCAUCCUAGCAGGCAUCUUUCUGGGCUACCUGUGUCCCUUUACUCUCAUCGCUCGUCCCACUGUAGCCUCCUGCUACCUCCAGCGGCUGCUUGUCGGACUCUCGGCCGCCAUGUGCUAUUCUGCUUUGGUGACCAAAACCAAUCGCAUUGCUCGCAUUCUGGCAGGCAGCAAGAAGAAGAUCUGCACUAGGAAGCCAAGGUUCAUGAGUGCUUGGGCUCAGGUGGUGAUCGCCUCCAUCCUCAUUAGUGUCCAGCUCACUUUGGAGGUCACGCUCAUCAUCAUGGAACCGCCGGAACCAAUAAAAUCCUACCCCAGCAUUAAAGAAGUCUUCCUGAUCUGCAACACAAGUAACCUCGGUGUCGUGGCUCCUCUGGGCUACAACGGCCUGCUCAUCCUGAGCUGCACAUAUUAUGCCUUCAAAACCCGCAAUGUUCCUGCCAAUUUCAAUGAAGCCAAAUACAUCGCCUUCACCAUGUACACCACCUGUAUUAUCUGGCUUGCAUUCGUGCCAAUCUACUUUGGUAGCAACUACAAGAUCAUCACCACGUCCUUCUCGGUCAGUCUAAGUGUCACGGUGGCUUUGGGUUGCAUGUUCACACCGAAGAUGUACAUCAUCAUCGCCAAACCUGAGCGAAACGUCCGUAGCGCAUUCACUACCUCUGAUGCCGUGCGCAUGCACGUUGGAGAUGGUAAGAUAGCCUGUCGAAGCAACAGCCUGCUCAACAUGUUCAAGAGAAAGAAGAACGCUGGCAACGGCAGUUCUAAUGGAAAGUCUGUGUCAUGGUCUGAACCAGGUGCAAGACAUCCUCCAAAAGGGGAUCAUACAUGGCACAGACUGUCAGUGCAUGUGAAGAGACAGGACGCAGGUUCCAAUCAGAUGGCUGUCAUCAAACCCUUAACUAACACGUACCAAAACACGGCUCUGGAGUUCUCCGACCUCAGUACCAAGACUUUAUACAAUGUGGCUGAGGAGGAGGACGAGACCGAGCCGGUCAGGUACAACCCCCCCACCACCCCUCCCAUUAUAGCCCACAGCCAAAUACCCACACGUGGGCUCAUGACAGAUGUGGACGAGGUGGUAGAGCUUUAUACCCCCGAGCAUGUGCAGAAAAACAGCGCUCUCUCACAACACGUCCUCAUGGAACGCCACCUGCAGGACGAGGUGAUGGUGGUGAGUAAAUUUAAAGAUGACAUGCCCGUGCUUGGGGAUAUGAUGAGCAUGCCUGAGGCCAUAAACACCGGCCUGCCUGUUUACCCCCAGGUUCACCUCAUCCAACAGGAAUCUGACCUUGACCCGUACGACGAGGAACCCAUCUCCCCUUUGGAGGAGGAUGGAAUGGACAGUGAGCAGUUUGGCCUCCUUCAGGGCUACAUGUACAACAACUCACAGAUUCAUGAGGAGGAGGGGCUUCUCCAGCUCAAAUUAGGAAUGGGGGAUUCUGUGGCUCUUAUGCCUCCUCCCUCCCCCUUCCGCGACCGCACUGGUCCUCCAGUGAGACCUUUCUCCAACUCACCAAUGUCCGAAUCAAUUUUGUGCAACACUCCCAACUUGACGUACGCUGCUGUCAUUCUCCAGGACUACAAACAAAGCUCCUCCACUCUGUAAAAGACAUCAGUUGUACUGUACUAGUUCACAUAUAUAUGGGUUGAUAAGAAACAAUGCAGUUUAACUCUGUAGCUUAGGUUAUCCAUGAUAAAGGGUAACAAGAAGGUGCCAUAUUUUAAAAUCAUUUUAACAUGUAGGAUGCCAAUUCAAGACAGUGCCAUAAGAUUUAAGGAUUCUAACUAGAAUAUAAAUAGUCAUGUCGUUCUCUUUAAUUUAAAUUUUUUUUUUAAAUAAUUCAGCAAAAUAAUAGGUAAAUGACAUGAAACCUUAUUUUAAAAAGGUAGGUAAGUACUACAGAACUGUUGAGAACAUUUUGAAGUCUGUAGUACAAUUGGUUUUAAUCAUCACAUUAUGUAAUUUGUGUCUUUUUAAGAAGCAGAGCAUUUACAAGAAUCAUACUGACACUGGAGAAAUUAUUUUAUUA